GCCCAGGAGCCGCGGCCGGAGCGGGCGGCGGUGCCCCAGGCCGCGGGCGGCGCGGGACGGCUGCGCUACGCGGAUCACCCGGUAGACAUGAUGAACAUCAAGGCCUUCACCUUGGUCUCUGCAGUGGAACGGGAACUGCUGAUGGGCGACAGAGACCACAUCAGCAUUGAGUGUGUGGAGUGCUGUGGCAGGAAUCUUUAUGUCGGCACCAAUGACUGCUUCAUUUACCACUUCCUGCUGGAGGAGAAGGCCAUGCCUACAGGGACAGCUACAUUCGUUGCCACCAAACAGCUACACAGACACCUGGGCUUCAAGAAACCUGUGAAUGAGCUGUGUGCGGCCUCAGCUCUCAAUAGGCUGCUGGUGCUCUGUGACAACUCUAUAACCUUGGUUAAUAUGCUGAACCUGGAGCCAGUCCCCUCAGGAGCCCGCAUCAAAGGGGCUACAACAUUUGCAGUGAACGAGAACCCUGUGAAUGGGGACCCGUUCUGCGUGGAGGUGUGCAUCAUUUCCGUGAAGCGCAGGACGGUCCAAAUGUUUCUGGUGUACGAGGACCGAGUGCAGAUUGUCAAGGAAGUGUCCACCCCAGAACAGCCUCUUGCUGUGGCUGUGGAUGGCUACUUCUUGUGCCUGGCCUUGACCACACAAUACAUCAUCCUGAACUACAGCACAGGCCUUUCCCAGGACCUGUUUCCCUACUGCAGUGAGGAGAAGCCACCCAUCGUCAAGAGGAUAGGCAGACAGGAGUUCCUGCUGGCUGGCCCAGGAGGCUUGGGCAUGUUUGCCACCGUGGCCGGGAUUUCCCAGCGUGCCCCUGUGCACUGGUCAGAAAAUGUGAUUGGGGCAGCUGUUUGCUUCCCCUAUGUCAUAGCGCUCGAUGACGAAUUCAUCACAGUUCACAGCAUGUUGGAUCAGCAGCAGAAACAGACCCUGCCCUUUAAGGAGGGUCACAUCCUGCAGGACUUUGAAGGAAGAGUGAUUGUUGCCACAAGUAAAGGAGUUUACAUCUUGGUUCCAUUACCUCUGGAAAAACAAAUACAGGAUCUGUUAGCAAACCGGAGAGUGGAGGAGGCUUUGGUCUUGGCAAAAGGAGCCCGGAGGAACAUUCCAAAGGAGAAGUUUCAGGUAAUGUACAGGAGGAUUCUGCAGCAGGCAGGCUUUAUACAGUUUGCACAACUCCAGUUCCUGGAAGCCAAAGAGCUCUUCAGAAGCAGCCAGCUGGAUGUCCGGGAGCUGAUUUCUCUCUACCCCUUCCUGUUGCCCACCUCCUCCUCCUUCACCCGGUCUCACCCUCCUCUUCAUGAGUAUGCAGACCUGAACCAGCUGACCCAAGGCGACCAGGAGAAGAUGGCCAAGUGCAAGCGCUUCCUCAUGAGCUACCUGAAUGAAAUCCGCAGCACAGAGGUAGCUAAUGGCUACAAGGAAGACAUCGAUACGGCCUUGCUCAAGCUGUAUGCAGAGGCUGACCACGACAGCCUCCUGGACCUCUUGGUCACUGAGAAUUUCUGCUUGCUGACAGACAGUGCUGCCUGGCUGGAGAAGCACAAAAAGUACUUUGCACUGGGGCUGCUCUAUCAUUACAACAAACAAGAUGCCUCUGCAGUUCAGUUGUGGGUGAACAUUGUGAAUGGGGACAUCCAGGAUUCUACACGCUCAGACCUGUACGAAUACAUCGUUGAUUUUCUUACCUACUGCCUAGACCAAGAGCUGGUGUGGACCCAUGCUGAUUGGCUGUUGCAGAAAAGUGAGGAGAUUGGAGUUCAAAUUUUCACCAAGAGACCUUUGGACGAGCAGCAGCAGACCAGUUUUAAUCCAGACGACAUUAUUAGUUGCCUUAAGAAAUACCCUAAAGCCCUGGUUAAGUAUCUGGAACAUCUCGUUAUCGACAGGAGAUUGCAGAAAGAAGAGUACCACACCCACCUUGCCAUCCUCUACCUGGAGGAAGUGCUGCGGCAGAGGGUAUCCACUGGGGGCAAAGAUGUAGAAGCCACUGAGACACAGGCCAAACUCCGGAGACUACUCCAGAAGUCUGACUUGUACCGCGUCCACUUGUUGAAAGAGAAAGUCCAGGGUGCCGGCCUGCCCAUGGAAAGUGCCAUCCUCCACGGGAAGCUGGGCGAGCACGAGAAGGCCCUGCACAUCCUGGUGCACGAGAUGGGGGACUUCUCUGCAGCUGAGGACUACUGCCUGUGGAGCUCCGAGGGUCAGGAUGCAGCCUACCGUCAGCGCCUCUUCCACACGUUGCUCGCCAUGUACCUCCGUGCAGGCCCCUCUGCCCAAGAUCUGACAGUGGCUGCUGUGGACUUGCUGAACCAUCAUGCCAGGGAAUUUGAUGUCACCCAGGUCCUACAGCUUCUGCCCGACACCUGGUCCGUGCAGCUUCUCUGCCCAUUCCUCAUGGGGGCUAUGAGGGACAGUAUCCAUGCCAGGAGGACCACACAGGUGGCCCUUGGCCUGGCCAAAUCAGAAAACCUGAUUUACAUGUAUGAUAAGAUGAAGCUGAAGGGAAAUGCGGUCCGGCUCUCAGAACGAGAGCUUUGCCAGCUCUGCCAGAACCCUUUCGGUGAACCUGUGUUUGUCAGAUACCCAAAUGGAGGGCUUGUGCACACCCACUGUGCCGCCAGCAGACACACGACCCCCAGCUCGCCCAGCCCUGGCACUCGGACUUGAAAAGUGUGGUUUCAGGCUGCAAAGGGGAUUCUGAGUUCUUUUCCAAACCUGUUUUUUGUGUGAGCCAGAACAAAGGGGAGGCAUCUGGGUGCCAGGAAGAUGCUAUCCCUGGGAAACAAGGGCACUGCACUGCUGAUUGUUCUUUGUGUGGAUGUAAAUGGAAAAGGCCUGAACACCCUCCCUCCCCACCCAGGAUAGUGACAGGCCAGAGUCUACCUGUCCAGGAGGUUACAGUCAUCCAAAGCACAAGCCAACUUAGAAAAGCAGGCAGUUUAGCCUGGGGGAUCCAGACACAGUGGGGCCUGGAAAUGGGGUCUGCCUGUGUCCAGGGUGCAGAGGCCUGAGCUGGACACCUUGCCUUUGAGGUGGUGUGCUCUUCACGUAGUCUUCACAUCUGCCCCUAAAGUGGACAUAGCUUCUGUUCUUCCCAUCCAGCUGUCAACCUCUGAAACCCUCUGCCUCAUUUCCUUAAGCAGUCACUUGGUAUAAAGUCCUAUGCUUCUGGCUGCCUAGCACAUGGAAAUCUGUUUAGAAAGAGAGAAAGCUUGAAGUAGAUGGGACGGUGAAAUGAUUCAGUGGGCAAAGGCACUUGCCACCAAGUGUGACAACCUGAAUUCAAUCCCCAGAACAUGCACACACAUGCACAUAUGCACACACACAUGUGCACAGCGGGGGGGGGGGGGUUUGCCUGUCCUGAAGACUGCAACAGAAACGAGACCAGGUUUAUGAGGGCCCAGAAGCAGGUUUCUUUUCAUCUCCUUCCUGACUGGAAACACCUCGACAGACAUACACAACUCAGUGUUUUUAUUUGAAUUCAUAGCAUCUUCGUAAUUUUCUCUCAUUUGGAAUUUCUUCAGUUGUACUCAUUACAGAUAUCUCUUUCCUCAUUACAAUGUACCUCCUACUGAAUACUUGGGAAAUUCAAAGGGAAAUCAGUAAACCAGUGAGCCUUCCAGGAGAGGCUCACACUGCCUCUGCCCUGUAGCCCUGUAGCCUGUAGCAGGCAGCUGGCAGAGCUGCUUUUCCCUGUUCUGCCCACAGGUGUUUCUGCAGGCCCUUAGGAGGCCAGGCCACCUUAUCUGCCAGCACUUUCCAUGCCUGCCCGGAGCUUUCCUGAACCCUCAGAGGAAAGGUCUCAUCUGUGACCAACUGGACUUGGUGUCUGUCAAUUGUCACAGACAAACUGCAGCUCUUGCCAUUUCCCUGCUCUCUUUGAAGUCUCAGAGCCAUCUCCCGGGUGGUGACUCUAUGAGACCCUCAGGGCAGACAGCACAGCCUCUACCAGGAUGCUUGGAAAAGAAGCAUCAACUCCUGGGCUGCCAGGGCGGCCCCAGAACACAGCCCAGCCCAUCUGCCAGACCCUGCCCACCCCCAUUCCCUGUCCAUUCUUGACAAAAGGAUCUCUGCACUUGCAAUGAUUGGUGUAUUUCUUGUCCCUUGGGGAUUCCGAGUAAACCAGGGAGUAGAUGCGUCUGUGACUGUUCAGAGGACUGUGCCCCUUUUCCCUACAUGUGUUGAGUGUCUGAGAAUAAAUGAUGAAGUCUCCUUGCAGCUCCGCUGUGUCCCAAGGAUGACUGAGAACACUUCUCACUGCAUCUCAUUACAACCUAUGAAUUGGUGGUUUCAUCUGAAAGCACUGUUUUUCAUGCGCAAAACGGGUACAGUCUCGGAAAGGACUUGUGACUGCUCACUCCUAAUGUGGGGGACUCUAGUCUCUGAGUAUUGAUCUAUAAAGAGCAGCCCAGCCCCCACCACCACCACCAUCACCAAAUCCUUUAAAGCAAACACUUAUAUAAGGCAGAGAAUCACCUCACAUGUUACAAACUAUUAUUUCCUUACCUUCUUCGCACUCUCCCAGGGGCAAUUUCACAAAUCCCAUUUUUAAGAUGAAUAUAUAGCAUAGUUUUGUCACAGCCCUGCUCUUUUGUGACUGUCCCCUGGGUAGCACAACAGCUGCCACUCAGCUCUUUCCCCCUUCGGCUCUGUACAGCCAUCCUAGCUGGAGCAACACUGGCUGAGCUUGGGUCACAUUCGUAUCUGGAAGGGAGCAGGAAUGUUCAGUUUGGGAACUGUCUAUCUGCUGUUGCUUACCUGUGUUAAUGUAGGCCUGUCACCUCGGCUGUGGGCACUGGGUUUGAACACAGAGCUGAGAGAGAGAGAGGCUCUUGUGAGCCAUGCUUGACACUCCUGGAGCACAGAGAAAUGGGUCACACUGUCACACGCACCUGUUGCACAACUGGGGCAGCCCUUGCCUCCUGCUUGCUCUCCCACAGGAAUCUGUCCUCCUAGCUUCCUUUGCCUCUUAACGGGUCCCAAAUCCACAAGAUGUACAAAUGUAAACUUGUUGAUUUUAUUAAAAUUCUUCUAAUUCUUUGUC